AAAGCGGAGUCGAAAUACCUGUUACCCGAAAAAAGCAUCGGAGUGAGAGCUCACCUCACUCCCUGUCGUCUAAGGUUGGAGUUCAUAGGUUAAAGGCUAUACAUGCUGCUCCACAUGUUUUGUCAAGAUAAUUUCCAAUAAACUGGAUUAAACCACAAUAAUAUGGGAAGGAAUAAGAAAGAUAAGACUAACGAGUCAGGAGAACAACGGGACAGGGCCGGGCAACAUCCAAGGGAUAAGAAGCUCAAACGAGAUGGCAAACCCAAGAAAGCCCAACAGGAAGACCACCUUCAGCACAUCCCGUUCAGGCUCAGAGAGAUAAUGAAGAGCAAGGAGAGAAUGAAAACAGGGUCGUUUAAGGCUAAAACGCUAAAAGAAUACAAAGGUAAGCCAGAGAAUCCGCAGGAUGGGGACAUACCUGUGCCACAUUUUAAAAGGGGAAAGUAUGAAAGUGAGAAAGCAUACCUGGGGCGCAUGGAGAGGGAGACCAAGCAUGUCCUCUUCCUGACCAAGAACCAGGUGGACAGGAAGCCUGAGCUGGAUGCAGACAAACAGGAGAGGCCUGCAGACAGCGGCAAGUCUGAGAAGAAGAAGGAGUAUAACAAGGCCAGAUUACGGAGGUUACAGCAGAAGAAGAUGGACAGACAAGAAGCUGAGAUGGAGAAAGAGGUGUUUGUAGACCAUGUUCGCUUUGGCGAAGUUACAAUGGCCCCACCUUCUUUGAGCUCUAAACCCAGAAAAGCUCUGGUGAAAUCUCAGGAGGCAUCAAAGCAGCUGCUCCUACACUCUCUGCUUGGCUACACCACUGCCUCCGAAACCAAGCCCUCCAUGGCCAGACAGAGAAUCAUGGAGGAGGAGAGGGAGCGAGCAGUAGAAGCCUACCGUCAGUUGAAGAAACAGAAACAGCAGCAGCAUAAGACCUAGACUGGCAAUCAGGAAAUACUCAAGGACCUUCACUGAUGUUUAAUGUCACUCAGCUCAAGGAAUUAUAAUUGCUCAAGUGUGAAUGACUGCAGUGAUCAGUGAUGUUCACCAGCUGAUUCAGAUUAUAACAGAGCCAUCUACAGACAGUACAGUAUGUGUUGUGUAACUCUGGAACUAAUAUGACAGUGGGGGAGCUGACCACAGUGUCGCUAACCGUCAUGUAAAGAAGCAACCAUUUGCAUUCGCAGGUCACAGUAUGAGGAAAGUAAUAUAUGGCAUUGACCUGCCACUUUCCUUGUGACAUAUUUAGUUCAGGCAUGAACAGCACAUUAUCCUCUUUAUGGUUGUUGAAGUAUUUUUAAAGAGGAUAAAACUGCCUAAACUUUUAGACUAAAUACAAGAAAGUCCCUUCAGAGCGGUGGCAGUGUUGGAUAUUUACACUGUACAUAUUUGCAUCUAUAGAUAACCACUAUGACAUCAUUUCUGAUAAGGUAGACAAUGAAAUCAUUGAGGUUAUCUCAAGGCAAAAAGAUAAACAUUUGUUUUUUGUCCACUAGAUGGCAGUACUCCUGUGGAAACUUGGAUUUAUAGUGUUUUAAGGAGAGCUGAGAAAAUGUGUGAACAGAAUUAAUCUGCUUUUUUUUUUUUUUUUAAUACUAAAAAUCAGGUUUUGGAGGCACCCCAUACCAUAUUAUACUGCAUGUAGAAAUGUAUGACUGCAUUGUUUUACGAUAUGUCAGCCUGUAUUCAAUUAAUCUAAAUGAGCACAGUUUAUUUAUAACGCAUAAAACAAAAAUCAGAAAACAGUCUUGUCGUGACACCGAUUUAAUAGCACUUUGAUCACAUGAUCAGCAGAUGAGGUUCACCCACAGAUUCACAUUUUUUUCUGACCACAUUAAAGGUUUCACAUUCAUGUUAGUUGAACAGCUGAGGACAGGCUCACCCGUGUUCCUGGAAACAGCUGUUAUGAAAACAGUCUCACCACCAGCUCCAUUUUAGUAGCUGUUCUGGAGCUUUUAGUCAUAUGACAUGAUCAUCUAUAAAGAUCCUGUGACUUGCUUUCUCAGAAAUGCAAAACCUGUUGAUGCGUUGUUUCCCUUUGACCUCUACAAGGCCCAGCUUCCUAGGGGAGGGGUCAUGUCAGCCUUUUGUAAGAGUGGAACGCCUAUUAAAACCGCGCACAGCUACUUACAUUUGUAACGCUUAAAAGGUUUACCCUCAUGAACUAAGCCUUUGUUUGAAUAUUGGCUUCUCUGCAAAUGUGUAUGUUUUGUUUGACAGCUCAAUAAAAGCAGACAUUUGAAUACA